GCUGUUAUUACUACUCAUAUAUUUAUUAUUGUUGCAACGGUCACGUACGUCGCAGCUCGAUAACAAACAACACCGCCUGGUCUGUUUGUUUUUCUUUCGUUUAUCACAUAACCAAUUCUCUCGGUUUUUUGUUUCUUCGACUAUCACAACUCGACAUUAUUUCGCACGAAUCGAAACUGCAUUUCCAUUCGCCUUUAUGAGUGGUGAUAAUUAAACGAGUGGUAAUUAUAUUAUAACUCGAGACACGUAGCCACACAACCGUAGGAUAUAUACAAACACAUAUUUCUUGACCAGAAGGGGAUACUUGCAUUGAAAAAAAAACUAAACACAGUUAUAUAAUAUAUAUAUAUAUACAGGUGAUUUGUUCUCGUUAAACAAAUCUGUGUCUUGUUAGUUUUUCUAUAUUGCUUGUGUGUCGGCCUGGGGUAGUAAGAUUUUUGUUGUAUUAUUUUGUUUUUUGGAUGAGGAAAUAAUGGGUCUGAUGCUAAGGAUCUGCACAGCACUGAAUCAUUGAAUCAGGUGGAACAGUUUUGUUCUUGGUUGUGUUUUUUCUUCCCCCCCUUCGAUAGGUAGUGUUUGUGAGUGACAAGAAAUAAUAGCAGAGCAAUGUCUGCGAACAACCUGAACAACGUCGGCAUCACCAGCAGCGUGGCAAACGCACUCGUCGCAGGUGUCGGCGGCAUGAAGAAGGGCAGCGCGACCAGCAGCAACAGUUCUAUGGCCAAUACACCGGCCAGCACGCCCAUCACCAACGGCCAGAUCACAAGUCCACCGCCAAAUAAUAACGCUCCAAAAUAUGGUACGCUCGUGCCGAACAGGAUAUUCGUGGGCGGAAUCUCUGCGAACACGACCGAAGCGGAACUGCUGCAGCUCUUCAGCAGCUAUGGUACAGUGAAGGCAGCCAAAAUCAUCCAGGAUAGAGCAGGCGUCUCCAAAGGAUACGGCUUCAUCACCUUCGAGAGCGAGGACGACGCCAAACGGCUGCAACGCGAGGCCGACAACAUCGUGCUGCGCGAACGCAAGCUUAACAUUGCACCAGCAAUAAAAAAGCAGCCGUUCAGCCGGACGUUCGAUGCGUCCAGCCCUCCGGCAGUUGCCGCCGGAAACCCGCAGUACUUUUUCCAGCCAGGAGCGAUGCCUUACUUCCAAGGAGGUGUCGCCUAUUAUCCACAGCCGCCAACCGGUCCAGCCGAUCCAACCGCCCAACAACAAAAUGUUUACCAACCUCCUUCAGUGUAUCCACCACAAUCCGCUCCUCCGCAGACCGCCGCCGCUUAUCAACCCGUGAUCUAUCAAACCCAGCCGAUUUACAUGCCGCAGCAGUACCCGAUGCACGUACCGUACGAGUACGGCUUCUUUCCAAACGGCGGUACGCAAUACAUGGUGGGGGGCCAGGGCGGGUCCCAGUCCCAGAUGCAGCCCGCUGCCGCCGCCGCAGCCGCCGCUGCGGCCGCAGCAGCCGCCAUGCAACAGCAGCAGCAGCAGCAACGCGCCAACAGCCCACCUGGUGGAGGCGGCGGCCCGCCAUGCUACGGACAACAGCUUCCGCCGCAGAUGCCGCCCCCAUACGCAGGAACCCCGGACGGCACCGUGUACUAUAACGUACCACAAAUUUAUGGGGGACCCAUCGACGGCGGCCCGGUGUACGCCGCAGAUCCGACCGUCGCCGGCAUGGAUGUCGUGUCCAUGCCCAACGGGAACAUCACAGAGGAUUACGAGGGCGCAGCCAGGCAGCAACCUCAGGUUCAACCGCAACAACAGCAGCAGCCAGUUGCAAACAGUAGCGAGAAGGACUGUAGUGUAGUAGAUCAUUGUAGUAAGACGGAGAGUGGUACCGCCAGACAGUCGUCGUCGUCCUCCUCCUCCUUGUUGAAUGUGACGCCUGUUAUUUCGUUGCUGAACAUCGAUCAGAAGGAGAAGGACUUGUCCUCGAUGAAAAGCGGGAGGCGCCAGAAAGCAGUAGUAGUUAGCUCGAAUGUACACAACAAUCAGUUUCACCACUUGCAACAUAAUCAGCAUUAUCAUCAUCAGCAGCAGCAGCAGCACAACCACCACCACCACUAUCAUCAUCAGCAGCAACAGCAGCAGCAGCACCACCUCCAGCAACAACACCAUUAUUCGCAGAACGGUUACCAAUCGUUCGGACAUCAACAACAACAACAUCCGUUCUACCAGGGCUAUUACACCUAUACCGAUAAGUACAACGCGCGCAAAUGGCGCAAGAGCGACAGCUGCAGCGUUCGCACAGACUCGAACUCGUCGGCCAGCGUCGUCGAUGAGAACAGGAACGAAGAGAAGCUGACAACAACUCCGUCGUCGAACGCUAGUAGUAACAGUAACACAGUGUCGACCCAAAUGGUUCAUUACAAGCACCAAUACAACAACAGGAACUACUCGAUGUAUCAGCCGAACCACCAGCAGCAACAACAACAACAACAACACAAUCACCACAACCAGCACCCGCAGCAGCAGCGCAGAUUCGGCUCCUCCGCAGUAGCCGUCGGUCCUCAGCCCACCUUUCCCAAGCACCACUACGCCAAGAGCAACAAUCCCCCCUCUAAAACGCCAUCCUCUGUUGUUCCCCAGAUGCACGCCGGCAGCCAGCACUUUGUCCCGCCCAGCCGUCGAAACAGGCGCAACGUGAGACGCAACGGGUCGUCCACGAUGGGCGGCGAAAUGGGCGGAGCCGGUGACGCCCCCCUUCCCAAUACCGACGUCGUUUCCGAGGCCUGCACCAAGCUGGACGGUCUCAAGUUGUAAACAUUCUUGCCGUCACACUCUUUUUUUUUACAUUGAAGACCCCCCCCCUUAUCAACCCCAAUCUAAAACACCACCCACCCUUGACUAUAAAACGAAAAAUAAUACUAACACUCAGCUUCCCCAAAACUUUUCUUUCUGAUUCUCUUGACACGCGUAGAAUUUAUAGAAGGACAGAUUAGAGACAGUAGCAUAUAUACACAUAUAUAUAUAUAUAAAUAAUCUGCGGCAAGAUUAAUUAUUAAAAAAAAAAGACUGUGAAUAUCUUGGUACAAG